AUGGCUAAGAAGGGAUCUAAAGCUCAAUUAGGAGCUGAAGCAUUAUUAGAAAGUAUAGAUAAGUCCAGAUCAAAACCACAAUCAAAAGAAACUGUUGAAGCCAAGCCUGUCAAACCCGUUAAAGCUAAACCUGUUAAAAAAGUUAAAGAGAAAGAUUAUGAAAGUUCUGUGUUAAGUAAGAAAGAACAAAGAAAAUUAAAGAAACAAUUGAAGGAACAAGAAGAAGAAGAACAAGAAGAACAAGAAGAAGAACCAGGUUUUAUAGAUGAUGAAGCUGAAGAAGCCAGUGAUGAUGAAGAAGAGGAUCUUGAUUUCAACAAAUUAGCAGAAAGUGAAAGUGAUAGUGAAAUUGAUGAAGAAGAACAAGAUGACGAUGAAGAUGAAGAAGAACAAGACGAUGAAGACGAUGAAGAACAAGAUGAAGAAGAAGAGGAAGAAGAAGACAUUCCUUUAUCUGAUGUAGAAAUCGAUUCUGAUGCUGAUGUCGUCCCUCACACUAAAUUAACUAUAAAUAACACAGCAGCUUUAGGUGAAAGUCUUGCUCGUAUUGCAUUACCAUGGUCUAAACAUAGUUUUGUUGAACAUCAAUCGAUAACCGGUGAUGAAAAGACCGAAUUAUCUAUCAAGGAUAUUUACGAUGAUACUGAAAGAGAAUUAGCAUUCUAUAAACAAGGUUUAGAUGCUGUUAAACAAGGUAGAGCUAACUUACUCAAGUUGAAGGUACCUUUCUCAAGACCAAUGGAUUAUUUUGCCGAAAUGGUUAAAAGUGAUGAACAUAUGGAUAAAUUAAAGAAUAAAUUAAUGACUGAAGCUGCUAAUAAAAAAGCUAGUGAAGAAGCUAAAAGACAAAGACAAUUAAAGAAAUUCGGUAAACAAGUUCAACAUGAAACUUUACAAAACAGAGCUAAAGAAAAGAGAGAUACUUUAGAUAAAGUUAAAAACUUAAAGAAAAGAAAAGCCAAUCAUGAUUUAGGUGACGAUGAAUUCCAAAUUGCAUUAGAAGAAGCAACUAAAGAAAACAGUCGUGUUGAUAAAGAAAGACAUGCCAAUGGUAGAAACGGUGAUAAAAGACAAAGACCUAACGGUAAAAGAUUAGCUAAGGAUGCAAAAUAUGGUUUUGGUGGUAAAAAGAGAUUCUUAAGAAAAAAUGAUGCCCAAUCAUCAGCUGAUGUGUCAGGAUUUUCAUCUAAGAAGAUGAAAAAUCAAAGACCUGGUAAAUCAAAAAGAUCAAGAAGACAUUAA